UCCCAUCAUAUUGAUUGUCCCGCUCUUUUAGAUACCAAUUUUCUUUGUAUGGAAGGAAUUCUAGUUUAGCUUUAUUAUGUUAAUGCUCAUAAGCGAGAGCAUCAUAAUACGAAGAAGAGGAUAUGCAUCGCCCAGCAUGGUUCUCGUCACUAACACAGCACGGCGAGAAGCCACCAUGGCUGCUCAAGUAUAGGAGUUCAGAGGGUUUUAUCAUUGGGACUGUUGCUUUGGCUGUGUUCACUGAUAUGUUUCUCUACGGCGUGAUCGUCCCUGUUAUUCCAUUCGCACUCCAGGAGAGAAUUCAUGUCACUCCGAAUCGAAUUCAAUACUGGGUCUCCGUUCUCAUUGCUGUCUAUGGCGCUGCCCUUCUCGCUUUCUCUCCCUUUUGUGGGUGGCUGGCAGACCAUACCUCAUCUAGGCGGUCUCCGCUCCUUCUGGGACUCCUUGCCCUUCUUGGGGCGACGGUUUUGCUCAAUGUUGGCUCAAGGAUUGGAGUUUUGAUUGUUGCAAGGUUGUUGCAGGGAACCUCUGCUACAGUUGUGUGGGUCGUUGGCCUCGCGCUACUAGCUGAUACAGUCCCUCAAGGAAAGCUAGCCCACGCUAUGGGAUACGUCGCUGCUGGGAUGUCUAUGGGUAUUCUAGUGGCGCCUUUGCUUGGAGGUGUAGUUUUCGAUCGAGCUGGGUAUAAUGCCGUCUUUGGGAUGGCAUAUGCGCUCGUCGGCAUUGAUAUUAUUCUCCGCCUCCUGCUUGUGGAGAAGAAGGUUGCUGCAAGAUGGGACCCUAGUGCUAUUAGACAAACAGCGAGCGAAGACGAAGCCACCGAGCGAAGCUCGACUAGUGUUGAAGAAGUGGCAGGGCCUUCGAAUGUCGACGUGGAGAAAGAUGUCCAAUCAGCGGGUAGAACACCAGGCUUAGAAACGGGGACGUCUAGGGCACCGUCUCCAAACGAACCACCAACAAUCGAUUCUCCGGGGCCAUCCCGCAAACGCGCUCGUUCCAGCCUCCCGCCAGUCCUGUCCCUUCUUUAUUCUAGACGACUGCUAGCGGCCCUUUUCGGCUCUCUUGUCCAAGCCGCCCUUAUGACAGCUUUCGACUCCGUUCUUACCAUCCAUGCCUCCACCAUCUUCCACUGGCGCUCUACCGGCGCCGCUUUACUCUUCCUCCCCAUUGUGAUUCCAACCUUUCUAGCCCCAGUUGUAGGUUAUAUGACCGAUCGAUAUGGAUCCCGGUACCCAGCGGCUAUCGGCUUCCUCCUCGCCUGUCCUCCAUUCGUAUGCCUCCGGUUCAUCCAAGAAAACGCGAUCCGCGAUAAAGUGCUUCUAUGCGCUUUGCUCGCACUCAUUGGCCUAACACUAACUCUCACCUUUCCUCCAUUCAUGGCAGAGAUCUCUGGGGUGGUGGAAGCGAAGGAAAAGAAGAUGCUGGAGAGGGGUGAAAAGGGCUAUGGAAGGGGAGGUGCCUAUGCGCAAGCUUAUGGGCUGUUUAACAUGGCAUUCGCCGGGGGUUGUUUGGUAGGGCCGCUCUUGGCGGGCUUUGUGGUAAAAGACAGAGGGUGGGGAACUAUGGCUUGGGUUAUGGGGUUGCUGAGUGCAGUGACGAGUGUGCCCACGUUUCUGUGGAUGGGCGGUUGGGUAUUUGGAAAGAAGUGA